AUGUCGAUGACGACGCACGUCCACGACGAUCCCUGCCCGGCGUGCCUCGAGGGCCACAGGCUCGAGGGCGACCCCAAGGGUUCGAUGGAGAAGCUCAACGGCCUCGGCUACUACUUUGCCAAGAGCAACGGCGAGCACACGGACAAGGCCAUCGUCCUCGGAACAGACCUAUUCGGGCUCGGCCUGCCCAACGCCAAGCUCAUGGCCGACUGGUUCGCGGGCAAGUCGGGCCUCGACGUCCUCGUCCCGGACGUCUUCGAGGGCGACUACAUCAACGCGAGCCGCAUCCAGCCGCAGAUCGACCUCAUGGACGAGCCGACCAAGGGACGGUCCUUCCUAUUGCGCCUCAAGUACCAGGCCAACGCGCUGUGGGCGUUCUCCUACGGCAUCGGGCCGGCGUACCUGUUCCGCCACAGCGCGGCACACACGCUCUCGCUCGCAGAAAAGUUCUGCCUCGACCUGCGCAAGGACGCGGGCUACACUCGCAUCGGCUUUGUUGGCUACUGCUGGGGCGGCGCGCACGCCGUUCACCUCGCCGGCAGCUCUCACGUGCCCAAGCCCGUCGACGUCGUCGUCGCGUUCCACCCGGCGCCGAUCAACGCAAAGGACUUCAAGCCGGUCACCGUGCCGUUCAUGCUCUCGCUCGCCGGCGAAGACGCCUUCUUAGACCCGAUCAAGCCCGCCGUCCUCUCGACGCUCUCGGCGCUCGCUGUCGAGCGCGGCACGCCCAUCAAGACGUGGGACGACGCGCUCGGGACCGUGCACGGCUAUGGCGCGAGGCCCGACCUCGCGAAACCGCUCGUGAAGGAGGCGUUCGCGCUCGGGUUGGAGAGGACGGCGGCGUGGUUCAGGGAGCACUUGUGA